UCAGUGAGAUAGACAACAGCAGCAUGAGUGGGACUGUUGGUGUCAGUGAUGAGCGGAGCAGCCUUCGCACUGAUCUCCUCAACCUUGUCACCUGGGCACACAGUCAUGGUGCCAUGUGCAACAAAACCCCCACCUUGGAGCCUGGGCAGAACGUGUGUUACCCCAGCAGGGACAAUUGUUUUGUGUGGAUAUGUGAAGCUGGACAUGCAUAUCUGUGGCAGUGUGAAAGAUUAUGGGCCAUAAGCAGAGAAGAGGAUGAAGCUGUAGAGGCAAGAAGGAGGUUCAUGUCAGCAUCAGAGGAAGGUAAUUUACAUGAAAAGAGGUUCAGGUUGAUCCCAUCUUUUGAGAGGGCUGAGGCAGAUGUUGUUAGCACAGGGGCAGGUAGCAGAGGAGCCACUCAGCAUAAAGACCACAUGGCUGACAUUGUGUUUCAUGAUGAACCAUCACCCAGAGAGAAUAAAAACCACAGCAAAUGCAUGAAAUCAUCCCCUGCAGCAGAGCAGCACUGGCCAGCAACUGGGGAGCAUGUCAGGGAGUUCACACUUGAGGUGAAGCAUGAAAUGGAUAAAGAGCCACAGAUCAUCUCUGAUGAACAUGGUACAUCGGAUGAAGACAAAGAAAGAGACAGAAUGUGCCAGAAUAUUCUGUCAGAAUCACCAGUUAGAGAUGCAGCUGCCAAGGUAGAUUUGCAAAUGCAUUGUGGGCAGAAGACGGUGUUUAAAGAGCUGAGGGACACCCCAGGAAAGACAUCACUGACUCUCCCCUGCCACUGUCCCACUCCAACACCCUCUGUCAGCAGUCAGGACAGCCUGGACAGCAGAAGCCUGCAGUUAGGUCCUCUUAAGCCUGCAGGAUCUGUCACUCCCAGAGAGAGAAAUUCCUCUGGGUCACCAAUACCAGAAGAGCAUUUACAAUCUGUUCCCAUCUCCAUCACUGAAGGAAAGGUCAGUGCUGAGUCACCCACCUCUGCAUUAUUCUUUGUGUUGGAAGUCACUGACCAGCAGCAAUUCCAGCUGAGCUCUCCAAACUAUGGCUCACUAGAAUCAAGCUUAAGUGAGAACAUUGCUGAAAGCCCUGUUGAGGAGGAUGAACUGUCAACAUCUGGGUGCCUUCCUCAUCUUUCAGCCUCACUGAACUCAGAAGAUGGAAGCACAGACCAUCUGCCUACAACUUCAAAGAAAGCUGUGUUGGAGAAGGAAAGGAAAAGGAGAGCAGACAAAACUAACUCUGUGAAGAUUUUCAAAGACUGGAUGGCUUCACAUUGCCCCUCUGAAACACGUGAGCUCCACCAGCUGCCACCUGAAGCCCUCAACAGUUACCUGGUCACAUUCUUCAGCUCUGGAAAGAGAAGAGACAACAAGGAUUUUGCUGCCAGCUCGUUGAAUUUCAUUCAGAGCAAAAUGGACAUUUACCUGAGGGAUCACAACUAUGGCUACAGCGUGGUGAAAGGCCUGGAAUUCAGAGAGUCACAGAAGGCCUUGAAACUAAAGAAGCAGCAGCUGUUCCAAAAAGAGAGAGAGAAAAAGCUGCGUGUUUUGGAGAACCUGACAGAUGAAGAGGUGGAGAGACUCCACAGCAAAGGACUUUUAAGAAUGAACCACCCUGAGAGCCUCCUGCAGCACGUGUUCCUCACUCUCAUCAGGGGCUUUGGGGCAAACACACACAGCCAGAACCACAAUCUAUCCUGGGGGCAGCUUGUGCUGAGGAAGGAUGAGGGAGAGCUGGAGUAUUUGGAGUGGAGGAGCGAUGAGGGGGCAGAGGGAGACUCGAGGCAGGGGGGCCGGUGUCUCCUGGCCAGGCCGGACGCCCCCGAUCGCUGUCCCGUGGCAGCCUACAAGGAGUUUGCCAGCAGGCGCCCGCCCGACGCGCUCCACGGCCACGACCCCCUUUACCUGGCUCUCAGGCCUCAGUGGUCCACGUGGGACCAGGUUUGGUACUGCAGGAAAGCCCUGUCAAAAAUCAAACAGGAGAAGAUGUUAAAGUUAUUAUCCAAGCAAGUCAAAGACCCUGUAAGGGAGCCCAAGAAAUAAAGGUGGCCGUUUAGCUUGCGCCACUUCUUGGAUGAGUUUGUUUCCAAGUGAUCUGUGAAGGGUUUAAGUGGUGAUAUUUAGCACAGACUGCUGCAGAACCCUUCUGUUCAGCUUCCCCACAUUUGCAUCCCCUUAGUGUUCAGGUUAAGGGAGAAGCUGCUUUUGCUCUUGGCAUUAACAGAACUGAUAGGUCAGUAAGUUGAGUGGAUACCAGAAGCUCAGGUUCAAACCUUUUAAGGUCUGAGAUUCACCUUUUAAAGAUGGUUCAGCUUUGUAGAUUCAACGUUUGGUUGUGGUUGUAUUUCAAGAGUUCCU